GUGUGUGUGUGUUUCAGAUAUCUGUAUAAAUUCUCUGCUAUGGUAGACCACAGCAGGGGAUGGUGUAGCAAAAUGAAGGUGCUCACUGUGGUACUGCUUUUGAUCUCACUGCAGUGUUCAUGUGCUGUGAGUCCCACAGACUGCGAUGCUGUCGAGCCCGUGGCUGAGAAAGCUCUAGACCUGAUCAACAAAUGGCGACGGAAUGGCUAUCUUUUCCAGUUGCUGCGGGUCGCUGAUGCCCACUUGGACAGAGCGGGAUCUACAGCUGUCUAUUAUUUAGUCUUAGAUGUAAAAGAAUCUGACUGUUGGGUCCUGUCCAGGAACCAGGAGGACUGUAUACCAGCUGAAUUUAGACGACCAUCUGAUACAGUGAUUGGACAAUGUAAGGUAAUAGUUACAAAAUAUUCAAAUGAAUCUCAGGACCUCCGAAUGAAUGACUUUAACUGCACCACAAGUUCUGUCUCUUCAGCAUUGGGCAAUAGCAAAGACAGUCCUGUAAUCCUGGAUUUCUUAGAGGAUACGGAACUGUACAGAGAACAAGCUGACAAAGCCCUUGACAAGUACAAAAGCGAGAACAGUGACUUUGACUCUUUCAGAGUGGACCGAGUAGAGAGGGUCGCAAGAGCGAAAGGAGGGGAAAGAACCAAAUACUAUCUGGACUUCUCUGUGAGGAACUGCUCCACACAACAUUUCCCCAGACACCCUAAAAUUUUUGGAUUCUGCAGAGCAGAUUUGUCCUAUGAUGUAGGAGCCUCUGACUUGGAAGCCCUAGAAAAGCUUGACGUAAACUGUGAAGUCUUUAACUUUGAGGAACAUAGAAACAUCAGUGGUAUGGGACCCCAUUGGGGCCCUCCCCACCACCCUGGUGGGCAUGGACAUUCUCCUGCCAGAGAUCAUCAUCAUCCUCACAAGCCACAUAAACUUGGAUUCCGACCUCCCCAAGAAGGAAAAGAUAACUCUGAUAGACCACCACUUCAAGAAGGAGCUUUUCCACCAUUGCCCCCUCCAGGGUCAAGAUGUCCUCACCCUCGUUUUAGCACCAAUGAGACCCAUGGACACCCUCAUAAUCAUAGUUCCAGUGAUAAGCCUCACCCUGGACCCCAUUCUCAUGGACAUGGUCCCCAUGGACAUGGUCCCCAUGGACAGGGUGCCCACGAACAAGGUCCCCAUGGACACAGGCCCCAUGGACAUGGGCCCCAUGGACACGGGCCCCAUGGACACGGGCCUCAUGGGCACGGGCCCCAUGGACACAGGCCUCAUGGACAUGGUCCCCAUGGACCCGGUCCCCAUGGCCAUGAUUUUGAUGACUUUGGACCCUGUGACCCACCUCCCCGUGGCCAAGGUCCCCCAGACCACCAUCACCAUGGCCAUGGCCCACCACAUAGGCACUCAGGAAAAAGAGGCCCAGGUAAAGGACACUUUCCUUUCCAUCGGAGACAAAUUGGAUCCGUCCUUGAACUCCCUCCACUAAAUAUAAAUGAAGUUCUUCCUCUUCCUGAAGCUAAUUUCCCCAUCUUCUCAUUGCCAAACUGCAACAAUCCCCUACACCCAGAGAUUCAGCCCUUCCCUCAAUCAGCCUCUGAAUCAUGUCCAGGGAAGUUCAAGAAUGAGUUUUUAUACCUUUCUAAGUUUUUUGCAUAUACAUCUCCAAAAUAAAAUGUGAUUCUUUGACGGGCAAAAGUAAAUAAUGUUCUGAAUUAGAGCCAUAUGUGAAAAAUUACAGUUGUUUUAAUCUUACUUUCAUACUCGGGAUAGGGCAAUAUGUGGAUGUGGAAGGAAUUGGUGCAAGAAGAGUCUGACAGAUGGAAAGGAGGGAAUGAUUUCACUGCUACAAAUUAUAAGUUAAUUGGGUCACUCCCCACUGUAUCACUUGAGACAAAUCUCUAAUUCUCAGAAUUUCCUUCUUUCUUGGAUUUAACUUCUCUAACUCUCGAUUGUUAGUGCUUGUGCUAUGGUUAAGCAUACCAAUAAGAUAUGUAUUCUUACUUAAAGGAUUAUUAUAAAAGUGACCCAAAUUGUC